AUCUCUUUCUCCGCGUCAUUGCUGUUUGCAAACCAACCUUUAAGGCUUCGUUGAUCGAGGCAGCCUGUCGUUUACACGAUUUUCCUACUACCAUUCAAAUAAUAACAUUCACCAAAGCAACGACGCCGGCCGUCUUACGACCAAAGCUGUUUUUACACCCAACGUCGCAUUUUGCCUAUAUUUAUACCGUUACAGCACAUAGGAACCGCAAGUCUAUAUCAGGAUAUCUGACUGCAUAGGGGAAAAUGGCUGAGAUUAUUCACUUACCCUCAUCAACAUACAGACCUCCUUCCCCUUCGCAGGCUCGGAGGCAGGGGAGGUCACUUAAUACUAUAAUGGAGGAGGAGAGCGAGGAUGUACAGUAUGCCACCGACAAAAGGCAGCUUAGGAGUCAGACCUCAAACCUCAACAUUGAGGCCUGGCUAUCGCCCCUAAGCGACCACUUUCCCACACCAAGAGGCUUCCACUUCCUCUCCGCUCCCAUCUUGCCGUCAUCGCCAUCGACCGUAUCAGCCGAUGAGAGCAGCUCUCCCUCGACAUCGUCAAACCCGUGGAACAACAACCGAUCAAGCGUCAUGACCGAUGUCACCGAGUUCGACGACCUAUACGAUGUCACCGAUGAGGAUGAGCCAACCUCGCUGCGCCGAGUACCAUCCCGCAAGGCCUCCGUGAGGCGGCGCAACUCUGGUCGCAAUGAGAUGGCCAAGCAGAACGCGACUGGUGCUCGCAGAGCUUUGCCUCCCCUCGUCAUUCCCGGCGCUCGGAAUACUUCUACGGAUGAUUGGUCUGCUGCUAGUCUUAAGAAGACCCUCGCAUCACCAGUGCCACCAACACCACCAACUCGCGUCGAGAUGUCUCCUCAGGUCUUCUCAUUCAUGCAGGCGAAGCAGGCUCAAGAGAUCCCUACAAUCUCGGCACCACCAUCACUCGAUGGCAGCCUGAGCUCAGAGCAGUUGGCACACAUGUCAGCGCCGCCAACGCCCAUCAUCGGCAGCGACAAUGGCAAGGAUGAAGACUGGUCGGGUGUGCGACUGCAACCCGGCGCGUUGGCAACUCUGCACGCCCUCUCUGGUGAUAACGACAGCCUGCACGAGCACGAUCAAGACCACUCGGAGCAGGUCCUCGAGAUUCCUCAAGAGCCCAUCCCCGAGAUGCGCCAACAGCCUCUGCGCUUAUUCACCAACAUCCGUCCCGAAGCACCGCGCGCAGCCGUCCUUACGCCGAACUCCCGCCGUCAGUCUUUGGCCGAUCUCACCAAACUCGACAUUCCUUCCCCUGGCGGCUUCUUCUCUGGACUUUCUCCCAGGACAAGGACAACAUGGCACAUGCCCGCGGCGGCCAUCGAGGAUGUGGUGCCGCCAACAUCAACCACCGCCGAGCAGUUCUACCGCUGCCCCUGGAACAUGGACGCUUCCGUGCCUCCAGUGCCUUCAGCACCCGCCAAGCUUAUCAUCAACGAUGCCGCUGAGGACUUCUAUCGCAGCUCGAUCCCUUCAUCCUCUGCGAUUGUAGAGCAGAUUAUCGAGAUAGACAAUGAGGAGAUGGAUGAGGAUGACAUGCCAACUGCCAGGCCCAUCGUCCCCGCCAACGCCUCGAGCUCAUCGGCAACGCUUGCUGAGCCAACCUCUCCCGAUGCCGAGGACGUACCGACAGAGAUCGUGACGGUCUACGACCCCGAGUAUGCUCGCAAGCAACAGGAGGUUACCCUCUCAAACCUGGAUCGCACCGAGCUUUGGCUCAGAGCCCAGCGCGCAUACCUGAAGCCCGUCGAGGCUGCAGAGGAGAUUGAGGAAGACAACAGCCUCGACACCAUCCCCGAGGCCGCCGACGAGGAAGUCGAGCACUUCCCCGAGCAAGAGAUCCCUGCUUCUUUGCCCAGGAAGAAGAUGGUCCGCUUCUCCGAAGUCGUCUCCAAGACCGAUAUCCCCCGUCGUCUGCCUUCCAAGCUCUCCAGACAGGAAUCGGCCUACUACCGCGCCUUCCAGGACUACGUCGUCCGUUCCAGCAAGCAGGACGUCAUCGUCCACCAGCUCCCCCGCUUCGAGGCCCUCCAAGCCCAGCGCGUAUGCCUUCGCGAAUUCCACCGUAACCAGCUGCUCGGCAAGUACCAGCUCAGCGUCGUGCCCCAGUCCGCCAAGAAGCGCCUCAGCGCAAAUGUUGCCCGCGGCGACGACAUCCUCCACGACGACCCGGAGAAGCUGCGCCACGAAAAGGAACACGAGGCCAUGUCCCAGAUGGCCAUGCCCACCUGGCACGUCGCCGCCAUGAAGAUGCUCAACGGCGGCAAGCUCAUCUCCGCCCCCGUCGCCAAGCGCCUCGGGCGUCUUUCCCGCAUGGCGCCCGGCCGCGACGGCGUCGCCCGCGACAGGGCCCGCAUCCUCGACCUCGGAGGUCAGUCCGCGUGCGACUGGGCCUGGCACUGCGCCCUCCAGUACCCAAACACCAAGAUUUACACCGUCACCACAAAGACGAUCCGCCAGCUGUCCAACUCCAACGUCCGCGGCCCGCCCAACCACCGCCAGGUAGCCGUCGAACGCCUGACCCGCCUGCCCUUCAAGGACGACCAGUUCGACCUCAUCUCGGCGCGCGAGCUGCACAGCAUCCUCAAGUUCGUUGGCGAGAACGGCGAAGACGAGUGGGAGACGUGUCUCAAGGAGUGCAUGCGCGUGCUCAAGCCCGGCGGCUACCUCGAGUUCUCGGUCCUCGACUCGGACAUCAUGAAUGCCGGGCCCAUGGGCCUCGCAAAGAGCGUCGAGUUCGGCUUCGACCUCAAGACGCUGGGCUACGACCCAAACCCGACAAAAAUGUUCCUCGGCCGCCUCUCGCGCGCGGGCUUCGACGAGGUCCGCCGCGCGUGGAUGUGCCUCCCCAUGGGCUCCCGCCCCCAGUCACAACAAACGCAAGCGCAGAAACCUCUGCCCUCGCUGCCGCCGCUCGCCGUGCGUGAGAGCCCAGACGGCGAGGAAGUCAGGACGGUGCAGAUGGAGGCCAUGGUCACCGGCAGCACGGACGGCGUCGCCAACGUCACGGGCAUCGUCGGCGGCUGGAGCUGGGAGCGCUGGCUGCUGCGGUGCGAGAUGGAAAAGGUCAGCGGCGAGCUGCGGCUCGCAGACACAGUGACGGCCGGCGCGGCGAUGAGGGAGGCCGGCAAGAGUGUGGAGGGUGUCGCUGCCAUUGUCGAGGAGGGACGUGGAUGCGGCGCCGGGUGGAGGAUGCUGAAUGGUUAUGCGAGGAAGCCCAAAACCGGCACGGGACUCAUCUCUGUCGGCUUUGAGAUUUGAGAAGUGCUCGCACAGAGUCAAGCUGAUGCCAAUACAUCUCCCCUCGAUCUAUCUCUCCAUCUCUUAUAUAUAUAUAUAUAUACUACACCCCCAUUUCCUUUUGUUUCCCCUUUCUUUUGUUCAGACGCAACGAUGGCAGGAAGGGGUACGAGCAAGGAAGUGACGGAAAAUCAAGUACAAGGCCAUGGAAACGUAUGUGCAUAUGGGCUGUAAUGAACUUUGCGGGCGCGCGCGGGGCUGCGGUCAACAGGCGCUGGAGGCUUGUGCAUGGGAACGAGGAUACCGGUGGUUGACUAGAUGUCGAGCACUUUGAAUAGGCUUGUUCUGGUAUUUUAAUAAUACUUUGACCUUUCGG